UCCGCAGGAAGAAGGAAGCGGCGCCACCGUCGCCUCCUGGCGCUCCCUCCCCUCCUCCUAGGCCCGCCGGCCGUCACCAUGUCCGCCUCGGCCGUCUUCAUUCUCGACGUCAAGGGCAAGCCCUUGAUCAGCCGCAACUACAAGGGCGACGUGGCCAUGAGCGAGAUCGAGCACUUCAUGCCUCUGCUCGUGCAGCGGGAAGAGGAAGGCGCCCUGGCCCCCCUGCUGAGUCACGGCAAAGUCCACUUCCUGUGGAUCAAACACAGCAACCUCUACUUGGUGGCCACCACACUGAAGAACUCCAACGCCUCGCUGGUGUACUCCUUCCUCUACAAGACCGUGGAGGUAUUCUGCGAAUACUUCAAGGAGCUGGAGGAAGAGAGCAUCCGAGACAACUUUGUCAUCGUCUAUGAGCUGCUGGAUGAGCUCAUGGACUUCGGCUUCCCCCAGACCACCGACAGCAAGAUCCUGCAGGAGUACAUCACGCAGCAGGGCAACAAGCUGGAGACAGGCAAGUCGCGGGUGCCACCCACGGUCACGAACGCUGUGUCUUGGCGCUCCGAGGGCAUUAAGUACAAGAAGAACGAGGUCUUCAUCGAUGUCAUAGAGUCUGUCAACCUGUUGGUCAAUGCCAAUGGCAGCGUGCUGCUGAGCGAGAUCGCGGGCACCAUCAAGCUCAAGGUGUUUCUGUCCGGAAUGCCCGAGCUGCGGCUGGGCCUCAAUGACCGCGUGCUCUUCGAGCUCACUGGCCUUUCAGGCAGCAAGAACAAGUCGGUGGAGCUGGAGGAUGUUAAAUUCCACCAGUGCGUGCGGCUCUCACGCUUCGACAAUGACCGCACCAUCUCCUUUAUCCCUCCCGACGGCGACUUCGAGCUCAUGUCCUACCGCCUGAGCACGCAGGUCAAACCGCUGAUCUGGAUUGAGUCUGUCAUUGAGAAGUUCUCGCACAGCCGGGUGGAAAUCAUGGUCAAGGCCAAGGGACAGUUUAAGAAGCAGUCAGUGGCAAACGGCGUGGAGAUAUCUGUGCCCGUCCCCAGUGAUGCCGACUCCCCGCGCUUCAAGACCAGCGUGGGCAGCGCCAAGUAUGUGCCCGAGAAGAACGUCGUUAUUUGGAGUAUUAAAUCCUUCCCGGGGGGCAAGGAGUACCUGAUGCGCGCCCACUUUGGCCUCCCCAGCGUGGAGAAAGAGGAGGAGGAGGGCCGGCCCCCCAUCGGGGUCAAGUUUGAGAUCCCCUACUUCACCGUCUCCGGGAUCCAGGUCCGGUACAUGAAGAUCAUUGAGAAAAGCGGUUACCAGGCUCUGCCCUGGGUUCGCUACAUCACCCAGAGUGGCGAUUAUCAACUUCGUACCAGCUAGAAGAAGCAAGAAGAGGUGGGGGCUUGAAUGUGGGGCCUCCUUCCACCAAGGCCCCGCUGCAGAUUGCAGAGAGGGAGAGAAGGUGGGGUGUGUGUGUGUCUGUGUGAGAGCAGGUCCCUGACAUAGCAGUUUGUCGCCCCCAGCACCUGCCCCCUUCUCCACUCUUCCUUUAUCUGUAGCCUGGGAGGGAUGGUCUCUCCGCCUCCCCCACCCCUGAAUUUUAUAUGAAGAAAUCCAAGAGGGGCUUGAAGGCCCCCUCAUGAGUGCCUUCUUACAAUGACCUGCCUUAAGGGGUGUCGGGGGUCCCUCCUCCUUCACAGCUGCUGAGCCCAGAGGGCCCUGCUGGCCCACUUCUCUGAGUUUUAGGAUGUUAUUAAAAAGAUGAAU